GUUUGGGCGCGCGGUGUUCCGUAGGCGCGUCAGCACACACCAAUCGUCAGAGUGGCAAGAUGGCUACCGAACCAAAUAAGACCGAAAUUCUUACCAUUUUCAAGCGAUUAAGGUCGAUUCCCACAAACAAGGCGUGUUUCGACUGCGCUGCCAAAAACCCCAGCUGGGCCAGCAUUUCACACGGCGUGUUCCUGUGCAUCGACUGCUCUGGAAUCCACCGCUCGCUGGGAGUUCACCUCAGCUUCAUCAGAUCAACGGAGUUGGACUCCAACUGGAACUGGUUCCAGCUGCGAUGCAUGCAGGUUGGAGGGAACGCUAACGCAACGGCUUUCUUCCGCCAGCAUGGCUGCUCCACAAAGGACACCAACGCCAAGUACAACAGCCGCGCGGCCCAGAUGUACAGGGAGAAGAUCCGGCAGCUGGCGAACGCUGCUCUGUCCAAGUACGGAACAGAGCUGUGGAUCGAUUCUCCUGCAGGAGGACCCCCCCCGACUCCCGACAAGAGAGACUCAGACUUUUUCGCCGAGCACACGCAGGCUGACUGGAACAUAGCGCCCCCUGCUGAGAAAGAGCAGAACGGAGGAGCCCCCACCCCCCAGCUGCUGGACGCGUCGUCCAAAUCCCAGGAUGAUGGACAGCCGGAGGAAGGGCCCAGCAUCGAAGGGCUGAGCACAUCGCCCAAAGCUUCCCUGGAUGUGAAGUCCUCCAUCAUUGGAAAGAAGAAGCCCAUGGCUGCCAAGAAAGGGCUGGGGGCAAAGAAGGGUCUGGGCGCCCAGAAGGUGAGCAGUAAGAGCUUCUCUGAGGUGGAGAAGCAGGCUCAGGUGGCGGAGAAGCUGAGGGAGGAGCAGGCCGCCGUGGCCAAGAAACAAGCCGAGGAGUCCAUAGUCACCUCCAUGCGCCUGGCCUACAAAGAGCUGGAGAUCGACCGCAAAAUGGAGGACAGGAAGCUCCAGAACCUGGAGGGGAAGAAGAGGGAGCAGGCGGAGCGGCUGGGCAUGGGCUUCGGCAACAGGAGCGCCGUGUCUCACUCCGUGACAUCAGAGAUGCAGGUGAUUGAGCAGGAAACGCCUGUUGGAGCCAAGUCCUCCUCUCGCUCCAAACUGGACAUGUUCGAUGAGCCGGGCUUCACCUCCGGACCCCCAAAAUACAAGGACAACCCGUUCACGGUGGGAGACGCCUUCGGAUCGCGGUGGGACUCUGAGGGAGGGACGGCCUCGUUCGCCGCCUCCUGGGCCCUGGAGAAGGAGGAGCCCAAAGAGGAGGUCACCAUUUCAAGUGUUCAGCCCGUUGGAGAGAGGCUUCCCAGCCGGAGAAAAGCCGAGGCGUCCGCUCCUGGGUCAGAGUCCAGCAAGGCCCGGCAGAAGUUUGCCAACGCCAAGGCCAUCUCCUCAGACAUGUUCUUUGGUCGUGAGAGCAGCGCUGAGUAUGAGGCCAAAACCCGGCUGGAGAGUCUGUCUGGCAGCACCUCCAUCAGCUCCGCCGACCUGUUUGGAGAAGACGGCGAGCAGAAAGGGAGGACGUCCGGCUACGACGGCGUGCUCCCCGCAGGGCCAGACAUGGCUCAGUUCAAACAAGGGGUGAAAACCGUGGCGGGGAAGAUGGCUGUCCUGGCGAACGGCGUGAUGAACACCAUCCAGGAUCGCUACGGCUCCUACUGAGUGGCAGCCCCCCCAGAGGGAGGACACGCCCCCAGGCCAUCCACCGGCCUCCUGAUUGGCCCGCGUGUACUGGAGGGAAGAGCAGCAUCGGAUCCAGGAGCAGACUCCUCCCUCGUCAGACUGAACUUUAUUUUCCUAAGUGAAACCAUCAGAGGACAAAACCAAACUUCUGCUGGGACGUCCCGUUGGUCUGAGAUUUUCAAGAUGAGUGAGGUCCUUCUAGGUUCUCUUCUUCAGAACUCUGUGUUGAUUUGGACUCCUGCAUCAGCGGUUCAGCGGUGACGUUCAGAACACCAGCUCAUGUGGAUUCAAACCCGGCUCCUGUGAUGAGAACCGAUGGCUCCCUGUCGGCCCAUCGGACGCUGAAACCGCUUCACUGGCCUGGUAGGAACUGGCUUCAGUGUGUCCCUGAAUAAAACCACCCCCCCCCCCCCUUCAGAACCACAAGAAAGUUUGACCCACAGUCCCAAUUUAGGAAUUGGUCCACCAGAACCAUCCCAAAACAGCUGUCCGCCAUGAAAACAUGUCUCCAGCAUGUUCAGACCGCCCCCUCCCUGGUAAUGGCAGACCUGAUGAGGUCUGACCCCCCCAGAAAGCCUCCAGCAAGCAGAGCCCAACAAUGAAAGUAUUUAUUUGUAGGCUACAAAAAUAAAUGGAUUCAGAACUCA